CGCUGGAAUUCAGAGAGCGGGAGAGACCACGCUGUGCAAUCUCUUCACGGACAUUAACUCUCUGUUGCCGUUGCCCCGUAGCAUUGUGAGAAAGGCAAGAGAGGCCCCGACUCACCGCUGAAUCUCUCUAACCUGUACCAGAAUUUUAGAUCUCGCACAGCCCAGCACACACGCCCACAGCGGUCGUGCGUUGUGUGUGUGCGGCACAGGCCUGCUUCGCAGCGAGCCGAGGCUUGAGGGACAGAGGGCGCUGCUGCGUGGAUAGGCGUGGCGAGAGGGGGGGAUGGCACAAGCGGGAGAAAAUGGCGGGGCCCCCGCGGUCCCUCAGAUCGCGCCCCUGGCGAAGUAUAAGCUGGUUUUUCUCGGAGACCAGAGCGUGGGGAAGACGAGCAUCAUCACCCGGUUCAUGUACGACAACUUCGACAAGAACUACCAAGCGACCAUCGGGAUCGACUUCCUCUCCAAGACUAUGUACUUGGAAGACCGGACGGUGCGGCUUCAGCUUUGGGAUACCGCGGGACAGGAGCGUUUCCGCUCCCUCAUCCCCAGCUAUAUCAGAGACUCGUCGGUGGCGGUGAUCGUCUACGACAUCACGAAUCGGGCUAGCUUCCUGAACACAAGCAAGUGGAUCGAGGACGUCCGCAACGAGCGAGGGAACGACGUGGUGAUGAUGCUGGUCGGCAAUAAGACGGACCUUAAGGAGCGGCGGCAGGUGUCUGUAGAGGAGGGGGAGGACCGAGCUAAGGCGGAAGGCAUUAUGUUCAUCGAGACAAGCGCAAAGGGGGGCUACAACAUCAAGGCCUUGUUUCGGAAGCUGGCGACCGCGCUGCCCGGGAUGGAGACGGCACCUGCCACGUCUAACAACGCGAAUUUGAUCGACAUCAAGCUGUCGGCUGCCCCUCCCACAGAAGACGCGGCGAGGACGUGCGCGUGCUAGCGUUUCAAGCACGGGCGGCGUCCGUUUUGUCUG